AUGUCUACGACACCCGAUGAACCAGAGAGUAUCUAUCUCGAGCUCCAAGGCAAGACAGGAACUUAUCAAGACUAUGACGAUAUCGUCGGAGAAGCAGCAACAAAAGUGAAAGUUGGUGAGAAUCUUUAUCAGAAAUACAUCAAAAGAGAACAAACCCAAUCAGUGUCUGAGAAUGCUGUGCAAGAAGACCUCAGAAAACUCCGGCGAAUGCAGGUUUUUAUGUGUGCUGCUUUAGCCAUGACCCUCCUAAUCGCUGCUGCCACAUUAGGAUUUGUCAUCAUGAUGAAGUGGUCUGGAAACAAAGAUCCAAAUGCAUCAAAAAGCAUGGUGCAAGGUAAGAGUCAGUGAAAAAUUUAUACCUUAAACUUAUUAGAGAUUUACAGGAAAUAAGAGCCCUCCACGAGCUAUCCCUGAAAAUAGUGCAUUAAGAGCGGAUGUCAGUAAAUAUCGACCAGAGGUAUACAAAACUGAAAAAUCGAAAAUUCUCAAAAAAAUUCACAAAGUAGCACUAGGUAAGCUAUUAACAUAAAUGUAAUUUUUACUUCGAUCCGAUAAUUAUUUUCCACGUACGGGGGGGUUAUUGGUUUCGCGGCUCUCGGACCGUGUUUUCCAGGCCCGAGACCAUGUGUCACAAAAAAAUCGUUUUAAAAUUCAAAUCCAUUGUAAUGUGGACAACAAAUAACUUAUUCAGAAGAGUACUUAAUUGCACACAUUCUAAGUUGUGAUUUACUCAGUUUGAACGAAAGUGUAAUAUUUUGGAGAUUUUUCAUUAUUUUCAAUAUUUUGAUCGUUUUCGUUCAAUGAAAAAAAUGGCAAAUUUCAAAGCCCAAAAUCGUCGACUGGUACCUCGAUUUCAGUAACGAGUCUUAUACCACGUUAAAGAACGUUAUCUCUUCUUUCAAAAUCUGUUUUCAAAACUACGGGCAACUUAAAAGAAAAUUUUUGAGGCCAAAAAUACUAGUAGUACUUUUCUGAAAUUUGAGCUUUCCAGACUCAGCGGGUCGAUGCUAAAAACUCAGAAAAAUGCGAUAAGAAAUCAGUUUGAGCAACAGUGAUUUAACGUUAUCAGCUAUCAGAAACCAACACGUGUUUAUCGAGCGAUCUGAUAAAAUUUAAAGCCGUUUUCCAACAAGAAAAGCAGAGUUUAGCCAUCUUCUGCUACCAAACGCACGAGUGACGUAAGGUUGUCAAAGGGCAAAGCACAAUAAUAAACUUCAAAAAGCACAAAGUUUCUGCGUCCAGGAAUUAGACUUUAGCGGACAGAACAAUGCCUACGAGUGUAUGUUUCAUACCUUAGCAUGGGUUUCCUAGAUAAUGGAAAUAAAAACAUCAAGGACAGCAUCGGCAAGACCAUCUUCGGCUGCUCUCAAACGACGGAGAUUGCGUUACUUUUCACAGAUUGACCGCUUACCACCUGUUUUUGGGCUCGCAUUUCGACGGAACGCUUGCCUCGAGAGGCGCGGGGCACGGAUCUGAACUCUUCUUCACGAGACAUUGAGCUGAAUUUAUCGGAAAUAUGCCACCACCAACAACAACAUGAGCUUUUUUUCGGGUAUUUGUCGUUUUUUAUGCGAAAAGUUCGGGUAAGCAGAUUCUUGCAAAAACCAUUUGGCUUAAAAAAUGUGUUUAAAAGCCCACCCUGGAUUUGAAGCAAAAAGUAUUUCCUCGAAAUAAGCUAAAAAUACCCAAUUCACGCGGUGAAAAAAUGGAUGAUUAUGGAAGGAUUAUCGAAUUCUUGCCUAACCUGAGGGAUUUCUCGUGAUGUAGGAUUAGGGCUAGGAAAAAAGCUCAUAACCUGCUCCUGUCGUUGUGAAUUUCCUCAAGAUCAAAAAUUUCAGUAAGAACCGAAAACAACAGCUUACAGGAGGUGCACACACCUUGAACUAGCCAGGGAAAAGGGGCUUCUGAUUGAGCUAAACUGUCUUUGAUGCACGGUGCAAUUAGGUAGACCUGUUACUAUCCCCCGCGCAAUGACAUGGGGAGUACUUUGAAGCGGUCCUGUCGGGGACUUUCGGGGGUAGGGGGCGGGGCAAAUCGAAAAUAACUUCUCUUUGUUUUUGUGAAGUACAUCAUUUCUCGCACGGUUGACAAGGUGACGGCGGACUCCGUACCUUUGGAAAGGCCCUUUUGAAACAUGUCCUGGCAACAUGCAGGGAAUCACGAAAUUAACGUCAACACCUUGAGUCAACUCCAUGAACAGGGAGAGGCGAUAAGUCCCAUCUUGUCUAGACGUGAAUAGUCUGUCCACAGUCAUUUUUCAUUUUGUAUUUCGGGAGCGUUUGACAGCGUACGAGUGAACUGGAGCGCAGUAACGAGCCCUAACCCCACCCCAUUGCCCUUUGCGGUCAAUAAAUCAUCGCGUUUUUUUUUUUUUGCGCGUUCGAGAACCUCAAAGGGAAUAUUGAGGGUCUUUGUACAGUUUCAGUUUAUUUUACCGACAAAAAAAGAACAAAACAAAGCAAAAGACAAGUAUACAGAAACACGCAGAAGUAAUGUGGUGAGGAAGCCCAAAAAGAAACCAUAAGGCUUAGGUCAUCCCCUUUCGUUCGUUUAGCGUCGAAUAUGUUUCCUGGCUUUGGGUGGGUCGGUCGGUGGGGUGAAAAAAAAUCACAAGAAAUCUGAGAACAGGAGGCCUGAAACACCAGCAUCAUUGCCGUGGAGACUGAAAACAACAAGACAUGGUCGACCAAAUCGACACAAAUUUAAUCUGGGGAAAAUUUGAUGGUCAAUUUCAUAAAAAAGGCCCAAGAAGGGUAAAACGCAAAGAGGAUAUACCACCGAACGUUUUAUGCCUCGAAAUGAUGUUAUAAUGCUAAUUUUUUAGAUUAAAAGAAUUAAUCUAAGUCCAAAAAAAAUAAAACUUGUCGUUUCUUUUUCUUGCUUUUUUAAAAAAGGCCAAAAAACUGGGUCUUUUGGUCGACACUAAACGAAGAAAAAAUUAAUAUAGGAAUUAAGCUCCCCUAAAGUAUAAAAGUAUAAGUUUACAAGGACAGGAUCGAACGUAUACUGAGUAACUAAAUGAGAAAAAUUUGAUCAAAAUCAAAUGAAAGGCUAAGAGCCUAAGCGCUGUCUGAUAACGAAACGGUAAACAAGAAGUGCUGCCUCUCAUUUAAAAGAGACGUGAAAUACUGGGUGGACCACAUCCUGAACUCCCGCGGAAACCGCAAGAGAGGAACGCUCAUGGCUAAGGAGACUAAACAGGGGCGUAGCUACUUGUACGCACGGUUUGCACGUGCGUGCCCGAAAACAUUGAGGAAAAAAAAUAGAAUGAAAUAAACAUAACUAAAAAAAUCGGUUUCCAGAGAAGCGACGACAUUAAUUGGAGAACCGAAUCUUGGAUGAUUUAUUUAUAUAGCAAGCUUGAUGAUGUAAAGCGUGAACGCGUUGUUUUCUCCACGACGUGUCUUCGGAGUAGACGAAGUAGAGCACAAUUACGUCAAUGUGUGGUGCUUUUGUCGGUAAAAAAUAAUGUGACAAAAAGGGGUAAAAAGAGUCAUUUGUAAACUUAAGUCGGAGGUUCUACAAGCUUGAUUUUUAAUAGCUGAAUUAAUGAUAAACGGUUGACGUCAAUGAACAUAACAAGCCGACAGAAUUGAAGAAUUUUAGAGGUUGUGUCAUUUCAUAAACAGCAAAAAUGCUUUUGCUUACAACCGUUAACCCCACCUUUAAUAAAGGCAUCUUAAAAAAAUGUUGAGAUUUGGGGUGGGGGAGGUGGGGAAGAAGAUGUAGAAAAAGUUGGGCGUAGCUCCGGAAAAAUCCUGACUACGCACCUGCUAAAGCGACUGAACAACAGGAGUCUUGACGAAACGUCCUCAGUUAUCACCUGUCCGGGGUCGUACUUUCAAGGAAACGCUGAUCAAGAAUCACUCAUGACGGAAUGAAAACUCCUCGUAGCUUCCAGCGAAAAAAGGAGUGACAACAGUGGUAAGCGGUCGUUCUGUGAAAUGUAACGCAAUCUUUGCCGUUUACGAUCUUUCGGCACGUGGAUUUGAAACGUUGUUGUUUGGUAUGUUCUCCCGUGUGGAUACUCGACAUUUCCAACAUAUGGAAACACCAUGCUAAGGUACGAACAACAGACAUUCACAACAUUGUUUUGUACGCUAAAAUCUGAUUUCAUGGACGUAAAACGUUUUGAAUUUUAAGACUUUUUAUAUUAGUGCUUUGCCCUCCCUUUGACAACUUCGCGUGACUGGUGCACUUGGCAGGAGUUGACAGCUUAAAUCUGCUUUUCUUGAUAGCAGACGGCAUUAAUUUAUAUCAGAUCGCUGUAUAAACACGUUUUGGUUUAUGAAAGCUGAUAACAUGAAACCACUAUUGCUCAAACUGAUUUCUUACUGUAUUUUUCCAAGUUUUUAGCAUCGGCCCGCUGAGUCUGGAAAGCUCAAAUUUCAGAAAAGUACUACUUGUAUUUUUUGGCCUCAAAAAUUUUCUUUUAAGUUGCCCGUAGUUUUGAAAACAGAUUUUGAAAGAAGAGAUAACGCUCUUUUACGUGGUAUAAGACUCGUUACUGAAAUCGAGGUACCAGUCGACGAUUUUGGGCUUUGAAAUUUGCCAUUUUUUCAUUGAACGAAAACGAUCAAAAUAUUGAAAAUAAUGAAAAAUCUCCAAAAUAUUACACUUUCGUUCAAACUGAGUAAAUCACCACUUAGAAUGUGUGCAAUUAAGUACUCUUCUGAAUAAGUUAUUUGUUGUCCACAUUACAAUGGAUUUGAAUUUUAAAACGAUUUUUUGUGACACAUGGUCUCGGGCCUGGAAAACCCGGUCCGAGAGCCGCGAAACCAAUAACCCCCCCGUACGUGGAAAAUAAUUAUCGGAUCGAAGUAAAAAUUACAUUUAUGUUAAUAGCUUACCUAGUGCUACUUUGUGAAUUUUUUUGAGAAUUUUCGAUUUUUCAGUUUUGUAGACCUCUGGUCGAUAUUUACUGACAUCCGCUCUUAAGUUGUAAACUUUAUAGUUAUUAGUUAUAAACGCAACAGGGUUUUCUAAACUUUAUACUAGUUAUUAUGGCCCUAAAAGUUAUCUUUAAUUCUUCGUUAAUACAGAGCGGUGUUCAGGUAAUUUUGGAUGCUGGUUCGCUUGUAUUUUGACUCAAAUAAACUCAAGAAUUUUAAUUGCAAAUACUACAAUUGACGCAAAAAUUGAUUCCCAGUAAGGAAACCAGGCUUUUUCUCAAUUGCAAAAAAAUGAAGCAAAAAAGAAUCGCUAAACUAAAAUGAAUUGUGGAUAUUCACGCUGGAUCUAUCUUCUUCUGCUUGCAAAGCAAACCGUUGCAUAAUUAGUAAUAACCUUAUUUUAUUAUGGCUAAUUUAUUCCGGCAGUUUCAGUCAUUUAAACUGUUUAGUGAGCUAAGUAGUUGACCUUGUUUAUUUCAACGCUCUAAAAGCUAAUUAAAAGUGAAAUUAAUGAAUGAAAAGAUAGUGGGCUUUUUCAAUUUACGAGUAGAAAAAGGGAUGAUUGGGAAUUGUCCAGACUCUGCCCAAAUACUGCUCAAAAAUGCGGAAUUUCUAUCGGCACUGCUAAAUGGUCGCUUCCAAAUUAUGGCAUUCUACAAGCUCUCCCCGAAGCCCCAAACUGGUGAACUGUGGCGAACAGCUUCCGCUCUGUAGUCAGCUGACUAUUUGGAUAAUCACUGAAUCACUUUAAGUUUUGAAAAGCAUUGCUUUGGAAGUACAUUUUAAAAUUGUCAUCAGACUCUUUUAGAAUAUAAAUUGUAAAAAAAAAAAAACACAAUAUACCACACUUGUACGUUCCACUACACCUGAGCGCUCGUGAAACGGAAAUGUUCGAAACUGGUAAGUGUUUUCUUUCGGAAAACGGAUAUUGUUGUCUUGUGGUCAGGGGAAAAGGCAAUAGUUUGACUGUGGCCUAAUAUCUGAAAUUAAAUUUUAUAUAUUUCUUUUUUGGUGUGUGUAUGUGGGGGGGUGGGGGGGGGGAGUGGUGGUGGAGGGCAAAUCAAUUUUGUAUGUCUCCAUCUGCAACGAGUAUGUUUACUUAAAUUCUAAGAGAAAAUAAUAUAACGAUCAACUUAAAUAUAUGGCAUGGUUCAUAGCCCUCUAAAGCAUAUCGCUAAAUAAGGGAAAUCGUUAGCUGGCUGGUUGUGCGCUAACUACGUCUUCUUCGUAACCUAGUGUUUGAAAGGCAUUGAUUUUUGACCUUACAUGUCUUGAUUAUUUCUCUGCGACUUAAUUCUAUUUCAAGCUAUCCGUCGUGUAAUUUAUAAAAACAUAGGAAAAGUGUUUUCCAAAAAACUAGACAUUAUGGCAGACAUAAUUUAAUUUAUGGCAAGGCAUGAUAAUCACAUGAUAACUUGUUGCUAGGUCAGGCUGUACCAGCUACUGCAAAUUUAGCCAAUGAGGUUGUUAAGGGCUGUGUCAGGGUUUAGUAAGUAUAUUGAGGUAUUUUCCCAGUAAUUCUUCCCCGGCCCCCCGGAUUCUUCCUUCUCUUCCUCGUCAUCAACUCGGUCAGAUCUCGUGCAAAAUCUUUCCCUCCUUCUCCCCUUCCACCUGCCUGCGGGUUAUUAUUGUUAACGGUGUUUCCUAUUUCUUCUUUUUUAUUUUCUUAUUUAGUUGUGUAGUUUGUGGUGGAUUUUUGUCGCCCCAUUUUUUAUUCAGUAGGUUAAUCGGUUUACAUAUAUCGAUGUGUUGUGAUUCUGUUACCUUUGAUUUCAUUAAACCUGCCACAACCGUGGCCAGAUUUAUCCAACACAGUUGUUUGUAUAUAGUUUGAUUCUGUUCCUUAUCGGAAAGUACGUAACCGGAAAUGCAAGCAGAGCUCGCGCAGAGUUGGGCCUUGUUUUGAACACAUGCCUUGAUAUAAAUUAGAGUUAAUAACAUAUUUCAAGCGAAUAACUUGCACCAUUUGACUGCAUGACUUAAUGCAAAAGAGCUUCAUGAAGUGAAUUAUUUAAUAAAACAGCGAAAAAAUAAAAAUUAAUAAUUGAUGUCAGUGAACUUUUGCGUUUAUUGAUCUGAUAAUAUGUUUUGAGAUUUGGUUUUCGUCCACCAUUUUUGUUUCUAAAAAUAACUUGAAAGAGACAGGACAGCGCCUACAAUGAUGAGAUGACAUCCCUUACCCGUUAUCCUCUCUUUCACUAAUUUGUUUGUGUGCUUAAUUACAUAGCUGUUAAAAAUGGUGACUGUGCAACCAACCCUCAAUUAUGUGACGCUAAUGCUGUUUGUAAAACAUUGGAAAACUGCCAUGGCUGCAUUUGUAACAAUGGAUACACUGGAAACGGAAAAAUCUGCACUGGUGAUUACUAACUACUUCAUGUUUGUCAACCAAAAAUUAAGGCGGGUCAUUAUACUUUUCUGGGAAACUACUCACCUACCCCUCUCCCCUAAUUCAACAUUUUGCCCUAAGUGAAAAGUAAGAGUGUUAAUGUUGGCUUAGGGGAGGGGUAGAUGAGCAGUUUCCCAGAAACGUAUAAUGAUUUGGCUAACUUUUAGCCCACGUAAGGGAAUCUAAGACAGUCCCGGAUUCUGGAUUCCACGCUUUGGAUUCCGGAUUCCAGGUACUGGGGCCUGUUUCUCGAAAGUCCCGCUAACUUUUCUGGCCCGGAAAGUCUGAAAGUUGUUCUGUGUUUGUUGUGUUUGCGUUCAAGAUCAAAUUUUCAAUAAUUUUGAAUAUAUUACAAUGUAACUGUUAGUGAACGAAGCAAAAUUGACUGGUUUGUGGGCCAAGAACUGUGAUACUAUGUAACAGGUUUUAAUUUCAAAAUUUCCUUCCGGGCCCGAAAAUUUUCUGGGUCUUUCGAGAAACGGGCCCCUGGAUUCCAGUCAGUCGAACUUAGAUUCUGGAUUUCACACCUCGGAUUCUGGAUUCCAGGUACUGGAUUUCGGAUUCCAUGUCAGUGGAACUUGGAUUCCGGAAUCAAAUAAUUAAGGGGAUUCCGGAUUCCUUGAGCUAGUUUACGGAUUCCAAAGCCCAUGAUUCCUGAUUUCCGUAAGCAAACAUUUCCUGGAUUCCGGAAUCCACAAGCAAAGAUUCCCUAAAACGUUCUGGGAUCCGGAUUCCCUUACUUAGGGCAAUAAGUUGUUGUGUUUGUUUUUAACAAACUUGCAAUCGAUAUGACCUCCGAUGACAAUAUAAUUGUUAUAAAAAGAGGUUCAAUACAGAACUUCCUUUUCAGAUAUUGACGAGUUUGUUUGUUUUAUUGACCAACAGUCACACAUGUGAUGUCAAUGCCUUUUGUAACAACACAAAUGGAUCUUACAAAUGCAGCUGCAAUCCUGGGUUCUUUGGAAAUGGACAAGCCUGCUUUGGUAAAAAUCAUUGUCAUUGUUGUCGUUUUGUUAGUCCUGUUUCUUGGCUUUCUAUCACGCGGAUGAUUUGUCUGGUUUUCUUCAGCGAACCGGGGAAAUUCUGUUUGUUUCUCAGUUUUCAUUUACAUGUCAAGCAUUCUUCCUCUUGCUCUAUCUCUAAUGAAGCCCUGUUAAGGUAAAAUUGGGACAACCAACAUGGCCUUGAUUGAUGAAAGACAGAUGAAAUGGCGACAAACGACAUUAAGAAGGGUAAAAUACUAACAAGGAUAUGGCCUACUCUUCCAAACGCGAAACCAUCACAUUUGAAAUUCACCCUAGAGACAUGCAUCGUAACCCCCCCCUCCCCCCCCCCCCCCCAUCCUAAGAGGUCCUCCCUGAAGACUUCUGUCAAGCGUCGAACUUCACUUCAAAUGUGCCGGACCUAAAUGCUAAUGAGCAAAAUUUAUUGUUCUCGCCUAUUCACAUUUGGUUCAGCACAAGUUAACCUCAAAGUUUGAUUUGCUCUGCUGGCCUAACAGUGCUUUAUUGAUUAAGUGAUCGAUCGAUUGAUUUUUAUUUAUUUAUGUUUUUACUUAUUUAUGGCUUCUAUAAGAUAUUAACGAAUGCGUGACCAACACCACCAAGUGCCAUGUCAACGCCUAUUGCAGUAACUCAAAGGGAUCGUAUCAUUGCACCUGUAAUCGAGGAUAUAGCGGAAAUGGAACGUCGUGUACUGGUAACCAUGUUUACUUAAUGAUUUAUUUAUUUCUUUCUUUAUUUUUGGUAUUCCUUGCAAGGCAAUCCAAAAGUAUAAGCUCAUAUCGUGACAAUUUGCUCGAUGAGGUACUAUUUUGUUGAAGCUUGCUAUCCAACUUACUACACUUACUACACCUACUACAGCUACUACACUUACUACACUUACUACAGCUACUACAGCUACUACAACUACUACACUUACUACACUUACCACAGCUACUACAGAUACUACACUUACUACAGCUACUACAACUACUACACUUACUACAGCUACUACACUUACUACACUUACUACAGCUACUACAGAUACUACACUUACUACAGCUACUACAGCUACUACACUUACUACAGCUACUACAGCUACUACAGCUACUACACUUACUACAGCUACUACUACAGCUACUACACUUACUACACUUACUACAGCUACUACACUUACUACACUUACUACACUUACUACAGCUACUACACUUACUACAGCUACUACAGCUACUACACUUACUAUACUUACUACAGCUACUACACUUACUACAGCUACUACACUUACUACAGCUACUACAACUACUACGCUUACUACACUAACUACACUUACUACACCUCCUGCACUUACUACACUUCCUACACUUACUACAGCUACUACACUUACUACACUUACUACAGCUACUACAGAUACUACACUUACUACAGCUACGACAGCUACUACACUUACUACACUUACUACAGCUACUACAGCUAUUACACUUGCUACAGUUACUACACUUACUACACUUGUUAAAUUCAUUACACUCACUACACUUGUUACUCUCUGUGCCAAGAGGCCCGACAUGGCACUGGUGCCUCAGGACAUUUCAUGGGGUCAUACAUGAACUACUGACCCAACUUAUUAACUGAUUUAUUGGCUUUCUCUUUAUAUGAUCUCUAAAGGGCUGAUUACAGCUUCUAUCAUUAGCGUUUUCCACUGACAUUCUGUUUUGUUUACGAAAACCCGCUAAUUGUAAUCUUUACAUCAAACAAAGAGGCUUAUAAAUAGAUACGACAAGCGCGGAUUGACUAACGAAGAGGUUAAUUCUCAGUAAUUUCAGAAUGGGCAUUGAAUGGUUUAUGAUCCAGCAUCUAUAGAGAACGAUUAAAAAAAUUACCUACUACAUAAUUAAACUAGAUAACUCAUAAAGCAACCAGGAAUUUUAUGCACUUUUGCCUCGGACAAUGGAUUUGAGGAACAAAUUCGGCUGAGACCUGGGUUCUCUGAGCAAAUUCUCUCCUAACAAAUUGGCAUCAGCCAGCCUCGACCCCAUCAAUCUCAUUAUACUGUGCUACACCUUUGACGGAAACACAGUAUUCUGAUUUUAUAUUCUCUGUUUUCAAGUCCUGCUUGUCUUAAGAUAUUUCAUUGUUAUUUGAUAUCACUUUUAAAAGUACUAUCAAGCGUAUAGUCAAUUGCUUCAGUCGCUCCCAUGACAUAUCUCAAAUAGGGUAGCUUUACACAUCUUUACAUCAUCCUUAGCCCUUUCGAAUUCCCCUACCAUCUCUAUUCGGUGACAGUAAUAUAUCGAUUUAGCCAAGGCUAAAGCAAGAAACUUGUAACCAUGCAUGUAUCCACUAGGAGUUAAGCCAGGGAUCAUUAAAAAAUAACUUGUCAGCGGAUAACUUCAAAAAACACAAUGUCGAUGAGGCGACACCAGAGCCCGCGAUACGGUCAUGUGAUACUGGUCAGUGGGUACCCUGUGACUGACCACAACGUGCAUGUGCAAUAUCAGGUUGCAGGCUCCCACUCUAGCCACAAAGUGUGACAUUUCACAUUGGUUUCCCUGUGGUGCGGACGGACUGGCGGAUGGACAGUCACUUAUCAUGGAUAGAUUAGCAAAUACUCUCCACUGUGGGGCUGCGCUCUCGUUAAGCACUGCUAUAACUGCCUGAAAUUAAAAGGAUUUUACCCGUUUGGAGAUAUUGACGAGUGUACAACCAACAUUGAUUCAUGUGAUGUGCAUGCUUCUUGUAACAAUACCAUUGGGUCUCAUAACUGCACCUGUAAUUCUGGGUUCUAUGGAAGUGGACAAGAGUGCCUAGGUAAAAUCAAUUGCUAAUACUUUUCUUUGAUUCAUUGUUUGAAUUUCAUUUUAUAGUCAAGCCUCCAGGUGCGACCCCCUCUCGUUGGCUACCAUUUAUCCAAAACCCCAAAAUUUCCCACUGAAAUUACUAAUAGUUGGAACCUCUCGCAAACGACCGCGACCACUUUUUGAGGAGACAAGUUUUCCACUGCAUUUAACAUCUUGUAGGAGACUAGUUGAUGCAUGGACUGAUCUCUAUGUUUUCUGUAUGAACUGCGCUACUCAGAGUAUACGAAAAAAAUUUAGUGAUAACACGGAGCUUAAGAAAGAAGAAAUUGCAUCCAGUAAAUUCUCUUUCAAGAAGUAUGUGUCAGGACUUCAGAUCGGAAAAGUCUCUCCUAUCGUUCGAUUCUCGUAAAGCGACCACCCUCCGUAUGAUACCUCUGAAUCUUCGCAUUUUGGGUGGCCGCUUACGGGAGGUUCGACCGUAUUACGUGCUUUUCCUUUGUUGGUCUUCUGUACGCACUCCCGGCCACUUAAAAAUUUGCUGGCGCGCAGACGUCCAUUCCACGAAACAUGAGCAAGGAGAGUCGGCUGCAUUCGCAGGCUUUGACAGAGUAGAGAAAAGAGCAAUAGUAUCAACAUUUUGUAGCAUUAUAAAUUAUUUCAAGUUUCAAUCCAUGUCAAUCCUUGCCAUUCGUAGCAACAGACGACAGGAAACAGUUUCAAUACCUAAAUAUAGCCUUAUUUGACAAAACUGGACCAUUACUUUUGAAUUACGUCAUUUCCGAGUUCCCAAAAAAUUCUCACUUUCAAAACGAGGCUAAGUGCAAAACCUUUUUUGUUAAAAUGAGUUUUAUUUGUAUGGGGAAAAACCAUUUCCAUAUCAAUGGCUUCGUACUUAGCCUCCGACUUUGAAACAGAAGCUUAAACAGAACUUAGAAAUGGCCAGUUGCUGAAAAGACGCGUUUUAGCUUUUUAAAAGUAUGGCAAAAAGCGUGGCAUAGCCCUUACCAUCUUUAACAUUUUUAUAAUCUUGUUGAUUGUAAAAAGACUACCGUAAAUCUUCUCUAAAUCUCCCGCUCUCAAAUAAGUCCCCUCCCCCCUUUUAAGGGGAAGAAAGUUAAAAAUCCCCUCUCUAUUAACCCCCCCCCACAUCUCCCCUCUCCUAAUUAUUCUUCACUAAUAAAUGAUAGAUUGUAUUAAUCAAUCGCGAAUGUGAACUUCGUGUGGACUGAUCCGGAAUGGUUUAUUUACCAAUUGGAAGUUCGGAUUUGAUUCCGAUCCUCGGCUGCAUGACUUCCAACCUUCUUGUACUUGAGCUUUUCCACUUUGUAUUCUAGUACGUUCUUUAUGGGGAACUGAUACCAUCGUCAUUUCUAAGUAAAUAAACCCCCUCUCAAAUAAGCUCCCCGUCUCUAUUAAGCCCCCCCCCCUCAAAUUGGGUUGGAAAAAAUAAGCCCCUCCCCCGGAGGUCUUAAUAGGGGAUUUACGGUAAGUUUAAACAUCAAACAUUUCUCCCUCUCACUGUGAAGAAAAAGCUUUGAAACUGAAAAAGGGUAACGGCCUUGGUGUCUCCAUGACAACAGUAAUAACAGUUGCUGAAAAAAAGGAGAGGCUAAGCUACGACUGGCUAAUUUAUUCGAUCCUGAACGGAUCGUUAUACGUUUGUGGGAAACUACCCACCUACCCCGGCCCUCCCCUAAGUCAACAUUUUGCCCUAAGUGAGAAGUAAGUGUUAAUAUUGGUUUAGGGGAGGGGUAGGUGUGCUUUUUCCCAGAAACGUAUUAUGAUUUUGUCUAUAAUGCCAGUUACACUCCUUAUUUGCUAUCAAAUAUAUGUAACUAAUAUAACUUCUAAAUGACAGAAUCACAUUCUAUCAAACAGUAGAAAACAAAUUUUAACAAAUACAUUUUGCAAAAAACUGUUAGCGUGACAAGUUUUCAAAAACCACAAUUGCAAUCCGCGUCAUCAAGUUUUUACAUCCCUGCUAAAUUUCAGAUUUGUAUUUGCUGUAUUUAAAUACAAUCUUUUAACGUUUUGAUCGGUUAUUUUUGUUGCAUUCAAUUUGGUGAUGGUUCCCACUGUUUCAGUUUUGAUGCAUUGUGUGACAUAUCCCCUUUAAAUUCCUCAAGAUAUUGACGAGUGUUCAACCAACAAUCACUCAUGUGAUGUCAACGCUUUUUGUAACAACACAAGUGGAUCCUAUCGAUGUACUUGCAAGUCAGGUUACUUUGGAGAUGGACAAGUGUGCAGGGGUAAAACUCAUUUCGUUUGUUUGUUUUACCAUACGUCUGUUUUGUCUUGUAAUGUUUCUCGCGCGACACAUAUUUUUCGCCACUCAUUGUAACAAACCAUUUUUUCUUUAAAAGAUGUAGACGAAUGCGCAAACAACACCCACAAUUGCGAUGUUAAUGCAUAUUGCAAUGACACCGAGGGAUCGUUUUUCUGCUCCUGUAAUCGAGGAUAUAGCGGAAAUGGAACAUACUGUACAGGUAAAUAUUAAACAAUUAUUUCAAUUCAUACUCUGAUUUCUGCAUCUUAUUGGCCACAACCCUAAGUGGUUAUUAUCAUACUAUCAAUUCAUCCCGAUUUAUUUGUUUAUUUAUUUUUGUUUUUUUUAAUAGCGCGAACGAUUUAAAAAUGUGCAAUUUACACGCCUAAAAGGUUCGAACAAGCAUUCCGGCCUGUUUCAUAGACAUGACCCCCCUCCCCCCAAUUCAACUCUUCUCGGAGAUUGCAUUGCAAACCUCUAUAUUAAGUGAUAUCGCCUUUGGUUUUGAUAUUCAGUCCUCUGUUGGCAAAACAGCAAAGCUAAAAUACAGACAAAUGGCAAUUAAUUAUGGGUUGAUCCUACCCCCUUUCUGUCUUUGUAUUUGCCAAUAUGUUAAACUGAUAAAUAAAACUUUAAGUUUUUUCUUUUUAGAACUUAAGAUAUUAACGAGUGUACCAGUAAAUCGCCUAAGUGCACCAAACGGUUGUAUAUUAAGUUUAAUAGCAACAUUCAGUAUUUACAGACAUGACAUCAGGCCUUUUUCGCCUUUCAGAUAUUAACGAGUGUACUAUUAGCGUCGAUAACUGUGAUGCCAAUGCUUUCUGUAAUAACACUGGUGGAUCUUUUGACUGCAUCUGCAGUCCAGGAUACACUGGAAAUGGAACAUCAUGCACCGGUAAAUCAUGUUCAAGUCAUAUAAAACUAUAUAAUGAACUCCGAAACAGAAGCACCCCAUUAUAUACAUACAACGUUGCUCCUCUCUCCACUUUCUCUCCUUAUUACUCUAUUCAUAAUAGCCUGCCUGCAAAAAUAACAGCUGCUUUCUCUCCUUCCAGAUAUUAAUGAAUGUGUGACUAACGUCCAUAACUGUGAUGCCAAUGCUUUCUGCAAUAACACUCAGGGGUUUUAUAACUGCACAUGCAGCACUGGAUACACUGGAAAUGGAACAUCAUGCAACGGUUAUUUUCAAAAUUUUUUGUUUGUUUGUUUGUUUGUUUUUUAUUCACUUUCGUUUUAAACUUACCGUAGGUUAAAAUCACCAACUUGUAUGAUUUGCGUUUUGGGGGGAAAAGGUUGUUUAUUGCCUUGGUAUUGUCUUCUUUCAACUAAAAACGAAGAAGGAAAUUAGAAGAAAUCAAUGCCACAACCCAAGAAACAGUUAUCCACAAACGUCAUUUAAACUGAAUAUGUCGAAAAUCGGGCCUUUUUUAGCGCAGAAUGAGCUUGCCUAUCUGUUUUUCUAACCCUCAUUUAUAUAUUUGUUUUCAGCCUUUUUCUCCUUCACAAUCGACGGACGCAUCGGAAAUCAUGGCAUUAUUCAAAAUUUUACAGUUCCGAAGACCAGUGUGUAUCUGGUAAAAGCCUGGGGUGCUCGAGGAGGAACACAUGCACCAACCUAUGGAAUAACCCCGGGGACAUAUCACGGUGGCAGAGGGGCAAUUAAGGAAGGCAUGUUUCGUUU